CUUCGAAUGAAUUAUUAAUUAUUGUUUCUACUAAUUUUAUCCAUCUGAAUACCUUUAUUCUCACAUACUGAUGAUAGAGACACUGAGGGCAACAUCUUUUCCUUGUCGAUUUUAUUUUCCCUAGAAUCUGACGCCAUUUAUCCAUGAUGUUCUCGAAGGGUGAGCUUACACGAUUUGCAGGGAGCAUCUGCAUUUUACUAACGUCAACGUGGAUCUAUUACGUUAUGAGCGCUGUGCCCCCGGAUCUAUAUCUGGGGUGUUAUUACGACGGCGGCGAUGAAAAUCGCGAUUUCGCCAACUAUACAUCACGGAUCUUAGCACUUACUCCAAAAAAUUGCAACGCAAGAUGCUUAGAGCUUGGAUACAUGUUUUUCGGCCUUCAAGACUAUACUGAGUGCCGGUGCAACAAUGCGUACGGCAGGCACAACAAACUGUCAGAGAGUAGUUGUAGCAAUACCUGUCGAGGGAAUAGUAGACUUAGGUGCGGAGGUUCUUAUAUCAACUCCGUCUACAGAAUCGAAAAACUGCUUUCUCAAUUCCUGGGCUGCUACAAGGAGGGUACGCCACGUGACCUAUGGGGCGACCAAUCACUGCUCGAUGGAACACUGUCCGCCCCGGAAGUGUGUGUUGAGAGGUGCAAGAAAAAAGGUUUCCAUUUCGCAGCUGUUAAGAACUACGCCGUUUGCAGCUGUGGUGUUAGCUUUGGGCGGUACGGGAAAGCGAACCCGAAAGACUGCAACCCGAAGUGCGGUAGCGGAGAACAUUGCAGCAAGAUCGAUGCUAACAGCAUCUACAGAACAGUUGAAGCCGACCUCUAUCUUGGAUGCUACAUUGACCAUGCUACUCGAGAUCUGCCGUGGUUAUAUCCAAUAAAGCAUGGCGAUAACACACCGAUCAAUUGCUGUGCAAGGUGCCGUGUGAAGGGAUUCCGCUAUUGCGCACUUCAGAUAAAUGACCAGUGCUAUUGUGGGAACAGUUAUGGGAGAUAUGGAAAGGGAGAUUGUACUCAUCCUUGUGAGGGGAGCCCGGAUUUAAAGUGUGGAGGGACCUGGCGAAACUCCGUCUAUGCUGUUGAAGCUGAAGUAAAGCCCCCACUUCAACCAGGACACGAGUACAUGUAUACUAACCCACAAGGCAGUGCGCCCCUCACCAGAGACCACGUGAUCUACACCGAGAAGUCUGUCCGUGACGUGAACACCUGCUCCCAAUACUGCGAGCUCAUGCCUGCCUGUCAAUCAAUCAACUUCAACCCUGUUAGCAUGGUGUGUGAGAUGAACAACGUGACGUCAUCAGUUGUCGGUUCAGCUUCGAGAGAGAGCUUUAGUUACUGGGAACCUGCAAAAUUCUAUGUAAUGGGAUUACCGAACGAGAGACCAACUCUGUGAUUUCCCACGCCCUCACGCUUUUGGCUGAUUGGUUCGUUUUGCCGAAUGUAACCAAUUCUCCCCGUUCCUUCUUGAAUAUUUUUACAUUUAUUUCCUUUCAUAUGGGACCACCACAUAGAUUGCUGUCUGGUCCUAGCGUAUUGUACUGUAUGUUUUGUGGUUGCUGCUCUGCAGUUGCGACUAUGAACAAUUAAAGCUUGGAAAUACCA